AUGGUGAGUUUUAUGGUAAGUAUAUACUACUUGAUAGUUUCAAUACGUGAAUAUUGUUUAUGAUGCAUUGUUUCUAAAAUAAGUACAUUUUAUGUUUUUUAGAAUUCCUAUUUGAUGAUACAACAUAAGAAGCAAACUAUAUUUACUGAUGCCAGAGAAACUAUUUUGGUUCUCGAACUCAAGACAAUAAUAGCUCGUAUGUUGGUCAAAUAUUUUAAUUUUUUUUAUUUAUUCAUAAGGUUUUAUAAUAAGGUUUUAUUUAUUCAUAACUCAUGUCCCAAAUAGCCCAAAUAUAACAUUUAACUCCAUAUAUUAUGUAUGCUUCUAGUGGCCAGAGAACUAAUUACAUGUUAUCAAUUUCUGGUUUAUGGCAUGGAUAACAAUAUUUGGCUGUUUUAACAAUGGGUUUAAUAUUUAAUAUAUAUUCUAUUUAGUAUUUACUUGAUAAAAACUUGAUUGAGGGGCUUGGUUAAGUAGUAAAAGAGGCUAGCUAUUUGUAUCUUUGCUUAAGGCUAUUUUGUAGUUUAGUAAUUUAUAAUUUAUGUAUGUUAUUUGUACACAAUAAAUACUGUUGAUAUAGUAAAAGUGCACCAAUACAAUAUUUAUAUUUGUGUAAUCAACAUUUUCUUUACAUUCUUUACAUCAUUGUUCGAAGUAGAUAACUAAAUAAAAUGGGUGACUUUUGUACUUCACAAAAAUUUGUAACUCUGGCAAUGUUAGUGUCAUCACUAUAAAAAUUAAUAUACAAAUAAAUAAAUAAAAUUAUAUUUCAAAUAUAAAUUAUACAUUUAAAUUUCAGAUAUUAUAAAAGUACCCUCAGAAAAUCAACAACUGUUCUAUAAAGGUUUGAUUAUGGACGAUAAAAAAUCUUUAGCUGAUUGUGGUAUUCGAUUCUGUACUGCUCCGGCAUACAACCCAGCUGCUAUUGGAUUGGCAUUAAGGUAAAAUUUUUAAAAACAAACCUGUGUAUUUAUUGAUUAUUAAUAUUGUUUUGAAUUUAUAGAAUGGAAAAUGGAGAGUUUGAGCCAUUGGAGAUAGCUGCAUACUCAACACCUCCUGAUUUGCUCUCUGCUAUAACCAACAUAGAAGCUAAUGGCCAACAUUCAUCUAUGUAA